CUUUUCCCUCGCGCCAUCCCAACAGAACGCAGGCGUCGAUGCCAAACCCUCGACCCGACCAUGAGCAUGGUCAGGGCGGCAGCCCUAGCAGCAGCAGGGAUGCAGCUCCUCAGGGCUCCGCUGGGGUGUCCUUCCCCAUCCUUAUCGGAAAAGCACAACGUCCUGUCACAGGCGCCGCGACUGCCGCUACGGCGGUUGUGGCUUCUUCGCCCUCAUCGCGACGCAGCGAGGCCUCAGCUUUUCCUUCGUCCUCUCCCUCGCUAUCGUCGCCCUCGGCUUCCGCCAUUCUCGCUCACCACCUCGUCGGCACAGGCAGCGAGACUCCGCGCGCUCGCACCACCUCCACGGGUUCGACCUCCUCCUCCUUGUCCAGCUCCACCUCCCCCCGGCUACGCAAACAUGCACCGCCCAGCUUGCUCAAGCCAAGGAGGCCUACAUCCGCCACAUCAUUCGAUGUGGAUCUCGCAGAGCAGAGUAGGACAAAGGGUGGCGAUGAUCCGACUCGGAGAUUGACAUCGACGUCGGCGAGUCCGCUGCGAGUGAGGGAUGGAGUUAAGGGAGCAUUCGGAGGGCAUGAAGAUGGCCAUGCUGCGCAGAAGGAGAUGAAAUUGGAAGCCGCUGCAAACGAGGGGGAGGUAAGAAGCUCGCCACGAAUCAUGCGCAGCGUACAGCAGACGCAAGCUCGGGACAAGGCAGAUAAGGCGCGACCUACCUCAGGUGCAGAGGAAUUCUCGCACUCCUCCCACGCUCCAGAGCAUCACGCUCCCUCCCCGGCACCCAUCGACCAUCGCCCUUCCCCCAACCACAGUCGGCCGCCACCACCUCCGCCGCACGGUACCACGCACCGUCUUUCUCAUCCUGCUGAGCUGACUUCCAUCGAGAAACAAAUUCGCUCAGACGGUCAACGCAUAGCGGCUUUCCUUUCCGGCUCUCCCUCACCAAGCGAAGGGCAGACCCAGACUCAGACUUGGUGGAGCGUCAAGAUCUGCCUUUCCUUCUGCAUCUUCUGGCCUUACGUCGCGCUGUUGAGCUGGGCAUCGCGGGGAAGCGGGUGGACACUUGCACGACGAGAGGUGGACAUCUCGCUGCCCGUUCAGGAAGGGGGCUGGGUGGAAUGGGGAUUGACAAGGGCGUUGAGAGGUGCGCGUGGGCUUCGAGCGGAGACCAAGGAAAGAGGGAAAAGACGAGGCAUUGGGUAUCAAGCUAGAGUGAAGAGGGCACGCAGGACAAAUACAGCUACAUAAAACGAUGGAGGGCUUUAAUUUUCUCGAUUCGCUAAUCGUAUCAUUAUCGAU